AUCUGCCCCGCGCCGAGCGCCGCCGCCGCCGCCGCCGCCGCCGCUCCGCUGCCCGCGCCGCCCGCGGCUCCCGAUGGAGACUGACGCGCCCCAGCCCGGCCUCGCCUCCCCGGACUCGCCGCACGACCCCUGCAAGAUGUUCAUCGGGGGACUCAGUUGGCAGACCACGCAGGAAGGACUGCGCGAAUACUUUGGCCAGUUCGGGGAGGUGAAGGAGUGUCUGGUGAUGCGGGACCCCCUGACCAAGAGGUCCAGGGGUUUCGGCUUCGUCACUUUCAUGGACCAGGCGGGGGUGGAUAAAGUACUGGCGCAAUCGCGGCACGAGCUCGACUCCAAAACAAUUGACCCCAAGGUGGCCUUUCCUCGGAGAGCACAGCCUAAGAUGGUGACUCGGACGAAGAAGAUCUUUGUUGGGGGCCUAUCGGUGAACACCACAGUGGAAGAUGUGAAGCAAUAUUUUGAGCAGUUUGGGAAGGUGGACGAUGCCAUGCUGAUGUUUGACAAAACCACUAACCGGCACCGAGGGUUUGGAUUUGUCACAUUUGAGAGUGAGGACAUCGUGGAGAAAGUGUGUGAAAUCCACUUCCAUGAAAUCAACAACAAAAUGGUGGAAUGUAAGAAAGCUCAGCCAAAGGAGGUAAUGUCGCCCACGGGCUCAGCCAGAGGAAGGUCUCGAGUCAUGCCCUAUGGAAUGGACGCCUUCAUGCUGGGUAUCGGCAUGCUGGGCUACCCAGGUUUUCAAGCCACAACCUAUGCCAGCCGGAGUUACACAGGCCUUGCCCCUGGCUAUACUUACCAGUUCCCCGAAUUCCGUGUAGAGCGGACCCCACUCCCGAGUGCCCCAGUCCUCCCCGAGCUUACAGCCAUUCCUCUCACCGCUUAUGGACCAAUGGCAGCCGCGGCAGCAGCAGCAGCUGUGGUUCGAGGGACAGGCUCUCACCCCUGGACGAUGGCUCCCCCUCCAGGUUCGACUCCCAGCCGCACAGGGGGCUUCCUGGGAACCACCAGUCCCGGCCCCAUGGCUGAGCUCUAUGGGGCGGCCAACCAGGACUCAGGGGUCAGCAGUUACAUCAGCGCCGCCAGCCCCGCUCCCAGCACUGGCUUCGGCCACAGUCUUGGGGGUCCCUUGAUUGCCACAGCCUUCACCAAUGGGUACCACUGAAGCAGGGAACAGGUGGCAGGAG